CCUAACUCGCCCUACGCUUCUGGUUUCUCGGAAGCGUAGAUCUCUCCCCUGACCUCUCUCUCUCUACCUCUUCUGUACGCAAACAUAUGUUAUAACUUAGUCCGCAAUUACUUAUCAGAGAGAAAGAGAGACUUCCAUUACGGAGAGAGCGCCGGAGUAAAACGGUUUCUGUUCUCACCUUUUUAUUCGGGAAAAAUACGUCCUCUGGAUACUUAUAGGGGAGCUUUGAUAUGGCAGCUACUGCAACUGGUAUACGGUAUGCGCCUGAGGAUCCCACCCUCCCAAAACCAUGGAAAGGACUGGUUGAUGAUACGACUGGAUAUCUUUACUACUGGAACCCAGAAACCAAUAUUACCCAAUAUGAGAGGCCUGUUGCAUCCUCCCAUGCAAGCUCCACACCAUCUCACAAGUUUUUGAGUUCAUCUGUUCAAAAGUCCCCCCAAGGACGCCGCAGCAACAAUGGUGAUGAUGAUAGAUACAUCAAAACUAGCAAUGGUGGACCAACAAAGGUUGCUUCUGGAGCAGGAAACUAUCAGACUGCCAGGAGCAGAUCAGAUUAUUUGCAGAUUGAUGCAGAUGUGAAAACCAGUUUUGGAUAUGGGUCAUAUGCUGCCAAAGAUGCAGAAAAUGGUUUGUCUGCCGAGUCGUAUCGUCGACAGCAUGAAAUUUCUGUAACUGGAGAUAAUGUCCCUCAACCUUUCAGCUCAUUUCAAGUCACUGGUUUCCCUUCGGAGAUUCUAAGGGAGGUACAGCAUGCUGGUUUUUCUGCUCCUACACCGAUACAGGCACAGUCGUGGCCGAUUGCCCUUCAAGGUCGUGAUAUAGUAGCUAUUGCCAAGACAGGCUCUGGGAAAACUUUAGGUUACUUAAUUCCUGGCUUUAUUCAUCUGAAACAAAGGCGUAAUAAUCCAAGAUUAGGUCCAACAGUUUUGGUGCUGGCUCCAACAAGAGAGUUGGCAACUCAAAUACAAGAUGAAGCAGUGAAGUUUGGAAGAUCAUCAAAGAUAUCUUGCACAUGUUUAUAUGGAGGUGCACCUAAAGGUCCUCAGUUGAAAGACCUUGACAGAGGUGUAGAUGUCGUGGUGGCUACUCCUGGACGAUUGAAUGAUAUUCUGGAGAUGAGAAAAAUUAGCCUUCAUCAAGUGUCAUAUUUGGUGUUGGAUGAGGCAGACAGGAUGCUAGACAUGGGUUUUGAACCCCAGAUAAGGAAAAUUGUGAAGGAGGUGCCUUCUCGUAGGCAAACCCUGAUGUACACAGCAACAUGGCCGAAGGAGGUGCGAAGAAUUGCUGCUGAUUUGCUAGUUAACCCUGCCCAGGUUAAUAUUGGAAAUGUUGAUGAGCUUGCUGCAAACAAGGCAAUAACCCAGUAUGUUGAGGUAUUAUCACCAAUGGAUAAACGCAGACGUCUUGAACAAAUAUUGAGAUCUCAAGAACCAGGAUCAAAGAUAAUCAUUUUCUGCUCUACAAAGAAAAUGUGUGACCAACUUGCAGGAAACUUAACCCGGCAAUUUGGAGCUGCUGCUAUUCAUGGAGACAAAUCUCAGGGUGAGAGGGAUCAUGUGUUGAAUCAGUUUCGAACAGGAAGGUCCCCAGUGCUUGUAGCCACUGAUGUUGCUGCUCGCGGUCUUGAUAUUAAAGAUAUCAGGGUGGUUAUAAAUUAUGACUUCCCAACAGGAGUAGAGGACUAUGUUCACAGAAUCGGAAGAACUGGACGGGCAGGUGCCACUGGAGUGGCUUAUACUUUUUUCUGUGACCAGGAUGCGAAGCAUGCUUCAGAUCUUGUUAAAGUUUUGGAAGGGGCCAAUCAGAAUGUUCCUGUUGAACUUCGUAAUAUGGCUUCACGUGGUGGUGGAAUGGGAAGGGCAAGACGUCAGUGGGGCUCAGGCCCUGGUGGACGUGAUGGAGGUCGUGGUGGACGUUAUGAUACUUCCUACGGCGGAAGAGAUGGGGGGAGGACUGGUUGGGGAAUGUCGUCAAUUCCAGCUAAGGGUGUCAACCGUGGGUAUGAGCGUGAUCGACAUGGUUCCGGAACCUCUGAUGGGCAAGACACAAUUGGCUUCCAUUAUAAGAGCUUCCAUGAGAGCGUGACGGCUACUGCAAAGAACAGAGGUAGAAGUCGCAGCCGUAGCAGAAGCCCCAACAGGAAUUCAGGAUGGGGUGAAAGACAUGGAAAAACUCGAAGUCGUAGCCGGAGCCGUAGCAGAAGCCCCUACAGGAGUUCAGGGUGGGGUGACAAACAUGGGAAAACUCGAAGUCAUAGCCGCAGCCGUAGCUCUGAAAGAUUUAAUGGAGCUGCUCCCACCAGAAAAAGCUUCCAUGAAUCUGUGAUGGAGGGGGUUCGAGCUUCACCAUCAAAGCAUGCAAGAGCCUUUUCUUAUGGCAACCCCACUAGCAAGGAUUACAAAAAUUAUGAUAAUUUGAAGGUGGUUGAUGGCGAGAAAUCACUCUCACCUCGUGUUAACGAAAAGGGAACUGUUAGAGGUUCGAAUAACAGUGCUGCGGAGAAAAGGAGAAGAUCACCACCCAGGCAAUCAACAGGUUAUGAAGAAUUUGCCAAUGGGUUGAACUCCAAUUUCAGAGACGAGGAAGAGGAUGGUAUGCUGCCACCAGAAGAUAAUGGUUUGUUUAGACCUCCAAAUUGAGGAUCUGACGUGUUUCUGACCGGACUUCCAGAAGUGCAUUGUUCCUCUGUUGUGCAUCAACAUCUUAUCUAAUGUUGUAGUAGCUGCUAAUGGGUGAUUUUGUUUGUCGACAGUAAAAAGAACACGGAAAGUAAUUCUGUGGAGCUUUCCCCAUUGAAUUGAAACAUAUUUUUUAGGCUGCCCGCAUAUUUUGUCAUACAUUUGUUGAGUACUGAUACGAGUUUCACAGGGUUUAUAGGCUGCAAUGCUAAUGUAUUUGGCAGGUCUAGAAGAAGUCAUACUUCUAGUGUUAUUGGUGCAAGUAUUACAUCUCAUCUUCUAUGUGGAUUUCUUUGAAAGUUCCAUGAGAAUUUAAUCCUCUA